AUGGUGGGAGUGGAGGAGAUGACGGUGCAGGAAAUGAUCGCCAUGAAGGCGGGCUUGGAGGCCCAGAUUGAGGCGGCGGAGGGGAGGAGACAUGUCGGGCGGUUUGCCCACUCAGCCGACAUAGAGGAGGAGGAUCCUCCUCUGCGUCGGCUGAAUGUGGGACAAAUGUACGAGGUGGUGGCGAGUUUCGUGGCGGUGCGCCUGGCGCCGUCGCUGGAGGCGGCCUUCGUACGGCGACUCAACCGCGGACAUCGCCUGGAGAUGUUCGAGUGGGACGUGUCCAGAAGAUGGCGCAGAGUUUGCGUGGACCGCGCCACGCACGCGGAGCCCACGAAGCGGCUCACGGAGGCACAGAAGAGGUGGGCGACAGAGGCCCCUGAGUGGGACGCCGCCAAAAACUGCUGGGUGGAUGCCAAGGGUCGCAAGGAGGCGGCAGGCGCGAGGGAAGAGGUGGUCGAGAAAACCGAUGCCUGGGUCAUGGUGCACCAUCCUGAGCUGGGACUGUUGCUGCAAGCAGUUACCGAUGACUUGGAGGAACCAGGCAAGGAGACGAGGGAGGCAGAUCCGCCGAAGUCGGCGCCGAAUUCGGCGGAGUUCACGGCGUUGCUGCAGCCCUCCCCCAAAGAGGACGUCUUCGACUACUUCUGGGGCAACUCCAAGCGAGCACCCAGGCAGCCGAUGCCGCAGGCCACUCUCACCCCUGCGCCGCCAGCAGAACCGCCGCUGUUUGCGGAGCAAGCCGAUUCCGCGGCGCAGGAGGCGCGGGGCUACAGCCAGCCCACUGAGAGCGCGUGCGACCGCCUGCUGCGAGCGGCAGCAGGCGACGAAGAGCCCGCCGAGGCCGAAGAGGAGGCUGAAGCUCCAGAGCCACCAGUGCGGUACCGCGUGGUCUACAAGAAAGUGGCGGUUCGUCAGCAGCCAGACACCAAGAGUCAGGCUUUGAGGCAGCUGCCGCAGGGGGAGAUUGUGGACAUGUUCGAGUGGGACCCAACCCACUGCUGGCGGCGAGUUCGGAUUUUAGCAAUUCGGGAGGCGCAAGAAGGCGGCGGCAUGCAGGAAACCGAUGGCUGGAUGCUGCUGUGCUCUCCGACGGUGGGCACGUUGCUCGAGGAAGUGGAGGAGAACGCCGAAGGAGACGACGAGGAUUUCGCAGGAUAA